AUGGCGAUGGUUUCCGUCACCAAGAAGUGCGACCGAUGCAAAUCGGACAAGGAGGAUAGCUACGUCUUCGUCAACAAAAGUUUGGCUGAAUCUUCCAACCGACAGCCGAUCUACCGCUGCAGGGGCUGCAACAAUACGAUCAACCACCUCAGGAGCUUGCGGGAGUCGGACCCAGAACUCUUCCAGGGGUACCCGACCGACGCGGACGAGAAGACCGAGAUCAUGCAGCAAUGCUGCGGCAUGACCCUCUCGAGUGUGAAGAAAUAUUUGGAGGAGAUUAUGACGCACACGAGCACGGGAUCCACCCGCAGUGAGCGCGCGGAGAAGCCCGAGGCGAUGGCCCUUUCGGAGGCUAGGAAGUUGCCGAUGUUCGCAGACAACCCAGAAGCCCCCGAGAACCUCCUCCAGUGCCCUGGGAUGUCGUUCACGUGCCCCUACAUGAAGAUCGACAUGGUCUACGUCCCGAAGUACACCCAGAACCACACGGAGUCGUUCGAGCGCGUGAAGAGUCACAUCAAGAAGGCGACCGCCGAGAAGGUUGCCCCCAAGCCCAAGGCGGCUGCAGCCAUCGCCGACAAGGUGAAGAAGGAGCCCAAGGAGCCCAAGGCAAAGGCGUUGCCUAAAAGAACCAUCUUCAGGGCUCAGCACUUGAUCAACGAGGCGAAGGAGAACUUCACCAAGUUGACAAAGCUGAUAGAGACGGCCCGCAGCGAGGAGGGCAAGGAGUUCGCCACGGCGAAGGUGGCCGACCGCGCUGAGGGCGCCGCGGCUGUGGUCCAGCAGAUGAUUGACUCGCUGCAGCCAAUCCCCGACGAGAACAAGUUCGACGCGAAGGAUCACGUGGACACGAGCGCGGAGAAGUUGGACGCGGCCAUGGACGUGAUGACCGAGCACGCCACG